AUGCCCAUGUUACGUGCGAGAGCCUCCUCCGAGGCAAACCGGUCCAAAUGGUGCCGUAUGUCGCCCGCUGGAAUAUCCUUCACAGACUUGAUCUGGCCCGUUAGGUACCCGCGCCCGAGCGGCGAGUACGCCACGACCGGGAUCCCUAGCUCGCGGCACGUAUCCAUCACGCCGUUGGUCAAAAUGUCCCGCGUCCACAGCGAGAACUCCACCUCCACGCACGAGAUGGGGUGCACUUUGGCAGCACGGCGAAUUGUGUCCGCUCCAACCUCGCUAAGCGAGAUCCCGCGGAUCGUGCCGUCCUCCACGAACGGAAUAAUGCUCUUGACCACGUCCUCGACGGCAUGCUUCGUGUCCAUCCGCGCUGGCUCGAAAAUGUCAAACUUUUUGCCGGGGAAAUACGACGCAAUGUUGCGGAUCGACUUGGCAACGUUCUCCGGAGAAUUGUCCGGAGGAUUGGGUAUGUCAAUACAACCUUUCACGGAAAUUACCAUCUUGGACCUCGAGUCCGGCUUGUCAAACGGAUUGUGUUCCGGGUGGCCAACGCUGGCUCCGCGCGGCGACGUCAGCGGCAGAACCACCGAGGCGGCUGUUGGCCCGAUCGACGCAACAAGCGGCGUCGUCACCGGCAAAGGAGCAACGUGGUCGAGCCCAGACGUCUGGAGACUCUUGACACCCUGCUGCGGGAACUCUGCUGCGUCAGCCAGCGACGGCGAGCCCACCGUUCGCGUGUUGAGCUCCUGUGCGGCAUGCGUGUUCUGGAAGUUGGCCACAGACGGAAUCGACGACAAUGGAGGCUGUUCUGUGGCAUUUGUGACCGACUGUUUCAACACGCUCGUUUCCAAACGGAUCGUCAACUCUUUGGUGGCUCUUGUCAAGUUCGACAGAGCUCCACGCACUUCGUUCAACGCCGGUAUAUCUUGCAAAGCACCUUUGGUAGCAGCCAGGAAACUGAUGAUGGACUUGAGGAAGAAAUUGGUCUCCUCGUACAAUUUCUUCUGCUGA